GACUCGCGCGACGCCGCUUAGCGGAUGACGCUUGCGGCGCCGAGAGGUUCAAACGAGUGGCUGGCGCCACCCGCGCGGCGCGGUGUUCUCGCCAUGGAGCUGAUCCGGAGCUUCUGCGGGAGGCUGCGGGCUCUGGCCGUCACCCUGGACAGCGAGACGGCGCGGCUGCAGCGGGCGCUGGAAGGGGAGGACAGCGACUUUGAAGUUUAUCCAAUGAGAAUUUUACAUGACCUUCAUUCAGAAGUUCGGACUCUAAAGGAUGAUGUCAGCACUCUUCUUGACAAAGCAAGUUUGGAAAGUAAAGAAAGCAUUUGUUUCAUAAAGGCAGCGAAAGUACUGAUGAAAAAGAAUUCAGUGGACAUCAUGAAAGUAAGAGAAGUUUUCCAGAAGUAUGGAUAUAAUCCACGGGCCAAGAACGGUUCAGGGGGCGAGCAGGAGGCCGACACUGCACCAGAGUCUGCUGGGGAUGCGACCCGCCCGGGGCCCGACGGGGAGGACGAUGCGCCGCCCCCCGCCGCCCCACGCAGCCGUGGAUCCGGCACGUCUGUGAGCAGCACACCCCCGAGCAGCCCACAGCUGGCCGACUUCGGGCUGGAGCGCUACCUGGUCGCCGCGCAGGCCGGACGCAGCCACACUGAGGGGCGGGAAGGGCUAACUCCACCGUCCCAGCCGUCACCAGCCAAAGUGCGGAAAACGACGUGUGCCCUGAGCGCCGACGAUUUCGAGUGUUUGACCCCGAAACUGCAGCACCUCAGUAUCUCCCAACACAGCGCGAGUUUAAAUGGGGAUCUCACCGUGGGCCUCGGAAGUAUGGAGGAUGAGAGUGAGGAAGCCAUAGAAACAGAACCAGUGUCCGGCGGUGAUUCCUGUGCCACGCCUGGCCUCGUGAACCAGCGGCUGGGAAGAAAUGGUGUUCGCUGUCACGCCGCUGCGUGUCUCCCAGAUGUCGCGUGUGCACCAUCCCCCUCCGCACCCGCCUUCUGCACCCCGGGCCUGAGGCUCCCUCGCGUAGAGGGCAGUGCAGCUUCGGCAUCCACGAAUUAUCCACCUUCAAAAACAAAUAGUUCAUCCAGCGACUGGGAAGUGAAAGGCUGCACGUCAUCAGCUCUGAGUUCAGACAAGUGCUUUGACAAUUUCAUGGCUCCCUCUUCUCCCACGAUUUCUUCGUACGAGAACCUGCUCCGAACACCUACACCUCCAAAAGUUACUGCAGUUCCAGAAGACAUUCUCCAGAUUCUAUCAAAAUACAACCGAAACCUAGUCACUCCAGUGACAGUUCAGGCCGUGCCACCCAGAGCAGCAUUCCUUGCUAGAGGCGAAGGACCGGGCCUCGGAGAAGUGGGAGACUCCAGUGGGUCCGUCCGCCCGUUAAGAAACUGAACAGAGUGAGAUGGAAGCCGAGCUGGACUGACCUUGCUGUCACAGCCCCUGUGUGUCUCCUCCUUUCUAAACACCAGCCCAUGUUAAAGAUGCGCGUGGACACUGAUGCCAUGAUUUGCCUUUUACUAUGCUUUGAUUUAGUUUAACCUCAGUCUUGUUGACAUGUAGCUCAGUUCCGUUUUUAGAUAUCAGUACUAUUGCAUUGAUUUGCUUUACCCUACCUAAUCUAAUAGUAGUUUAAUGAAUAUUAGGAAGCAGGAUCAAUAACUGAAAAUGUGAAUGUUACUGGUUGCUACUCGAAUAAGGCCACCCUGGUCUCCUCGGGGCCGUAUGGGUGCUGCUGUCUACUGUCUGGGGCCCCUCGAUUCUUACUCUGCCCUCACAUCUCCUCUCACAACUGUCCCCAGGUCUUACACCUUCCACUUCAGCGUUGUGCUUUGAGGACAGUCACUGAAUUUAGGAAAAGAGAGGGGCUCGGCGGACUGGGUCGCUGCACUGGGGCGGGUGUCAGCGGCGCGAGUGGCCUGUCUGCGUCAGGGUGCGUUUCUGCUUUUCCCCUCAGCUUUCCCCUUGGUUCAUUUCCAUCCUCUGCUCAGCUCUCUCUGGCACGUGGCCGCUGGCCUCGGUGCGUUCCCCUCUCCAGCUUGGCCUCACUCUGGAAGAGUCUGAUGCUGUCCUCGGCCAUCUGCCCCUCUCUAGAUGGUCAGCGGUGCCAUGGGAGACCAGGGGCCUGAUGCCGCAGUGAGGCUCACGCUGCCCUGUCCACCCCGCGAGACCCUUCUCGCCCAAGUCUAGCUGGCGGCGGUGUCACCUGAUGCGUGAGUCCGGGGAGCGCUGCUGGCCACGGCCAGUGGGAGAGUAAGGACCCAGCUGAGGAGACCAGCUAAGAACUGGGGAAGAAGCAGCUGGCAGGGUGCUUCAGGCUUGGCCUCGGGGCAUGUGAUGGGGAGCAGGGCGCCCUCCAUCACGCUGCCUUAGAAGUCAUGGGAAGACCUGUCAUGUGCUCUCCGGUCAAAAUCGUCACUAAAACAAAACUCGAUUCUCUGUUCUUAGAAUUAAUGUGUAGUUACAAUGUUUGUUAAAUAUAAUGUAACAUAAACUACUUUCAGGAUA